AUGGAUGAAAGACACUCUCAACAUGGUCCUCAAAACACAAUAAGUGGGAGUUCUUCACCAGGAUCAUCAACAGUAACAGCGCGAUCAAAUCCACUACCAAGAGGUGGAAGUUUUCUUGAUUUUAUCGAGACACUUGUCACACCACCUGCUCAUGUAGAGUUCAGUGAAGAUGAUGAUUAUAGUUUUCCUGUCGCUGAACGUGUUGGAAAUGGACCAUAUAUGUAUGCACCAGGGACAACAUCAAGUGAGGAGAGAAAAUUCAAGAAGUCCAAGCCAAGUUCUAAUAUUAAAGCAGCUGGAAACAAAUCAUCUAGUCUUGUACCCGACAAGAAAACUGAUGAAGUAAAACUACCCCGAAUUUCCAGGUAUGCAGACUGGUACAUUGAAAAUCAACUUCCUUCCAAAAAAACUCAAAAUCUUGUCAAAAAAGUUAAGCCUCAUACCAAAGAAGCUCAACAUCGUCUCCAAAAUUGUCUCAACAAAGGUCAACAUCUGAUUAACAAACCAAUUAGCAUCGCACCAGCAAAAGAAGCCCCUAAAGAAAGAACACCAAAGAAAUCGCAGAAUUCUCAGGCAAACCAAGCCAAGAAAAUAACUCCUAUCAACCAAGCUCCGAUAUCAACGCCCAAGCCGACUUCAACUGCAAAGCCAGAUCCUCGAUUAUCACAAAAGCGUCAGAUUUUGACUAGGAAGUCGGUUCCUCAAUUGCCACCAAAGUCUCGUCGUCAAACAUACGAGCCAAACGACUAUUCGUCGCCCGGGAAUUAUCAAGAAGAUGAUGUUCCAGCCCUCCAGUCUGGCGCCCCACCUGUCAAUGCUGCCAUAAAGGCAUAUAAGGAAGUAUAUCUACCAUCUAUACAAACCGGCUCUCUGUCCACCAAAAAAUCGAAGACAGCUAUUGGACCAAAGUUGGGGUCGUCGCCACCACUGAUGAUGGGUGCUCGUCUUUCAACUUUGACACCAAUAAGACCGUUUCAAACAGAGGAGAUUCCUCCCCCUCCAGAGAAAGAACAAGAUGAAGUCAUGUUCUCACCAAAACCAGCUUUCGUCACUGGCGCCGGAGAAGAUGGAAUAUUCCUGCCCCCCGGUGCUAUACCAUACAACUUGACCCCCUCUCCUGUUGGCAGCCCCCAAGAGAGCGAUUACUACGAGCCCUACGAUGGUCGUUCAUCCUCGUCCCCGUCCGACAAUGGUCUCAAUAUGGUCGAUUCUUCCCCGAUUUCGGCAAAUGACGCAGCUUCGAUCCCGGUCAAUAUUGCUGAUUCUUCAACUGGAAGAGCUUACAAUCCCGAAGCGAGAUUUCCAGUCGACGGGGAGAUGCAAAGUAACAUUAUAGAACACGCUCUAGCUAUGGUAAACUCCAUGGCUUCUCAAAUCUUCAGAGCUGCAAGAUCUCCAGCCGACGAAGAGAUGCAUAAUAGCUUUGAUUCGGCACCCGCUCCAAGCAUGGUAAACUCCACAGGUUCCCCAGUUUGCAAAGCCUACAGUCCCGAUGCAAGACCUUCAGCCGACCAAGAGAUGCAGGAUACACUUGAUUUUAAAUAUACCCCAACACCCACGCCCGAGGGCAGUCCGCAACGUCCAAUUGAUCCAAUAUACUCCCCAACACGCAUGCCCGAGCUCGAGGAUUUACCAGAGUAUAAUGAUUUAUACCGUGAUAGGCAAACCGCUUCUGAGGCCACUCUCACCGAAAGAGAAAGAUCUGCCACACCAAAACAUCUUUCUCAAAACCCCGAUGAACGCGCGCCUACUCCAGAACGUUUCGAUUUCAUAUUGGACGAAACAGUUUCUGCACAAACCAUGCGCGCUUUAUCAGAGGAAGUUGACAACCCCGUUGGAUCUAUCGAACUUGUCGACGCUCGAGACCAAGUUGAGAUAGCUGCGCCCCUUGAUUACAGUCAACCAGCCGAUGGAACUAUCCAAGAUAAAGCCAUGCGUGACGAGAGAAGUCGUACCCCGCCAAGCUCAUCUGCUGAGACUGGCACAGUUAUUGACGCGGUCGCAUCUAUUGAGGCCAACGCAUCCCUCGAGGUUGACGCAUCUGCCGACGCCGACGCCAUGGAAAUUGAUGAAUCUGUGGAGCUAAACGCAUCAUUCGAGGCUGCAGCAUCCGAUGUAGGUAGCGCCAUGGAUAUUGACGAACAAACCAGCUCUGAUUUCUCCGACCUACCUGGCGAGUUCGAUUUGGAUCCCUUCAAGGAAGAAACGGAUAGACUUUUAAGGGCCAGAAAAGCAGAACAAGCACAACUUGACAGACUGACGGGUCCGGCUUUUCCAUCUUCUUCUGUUACUAUUACGUCAAAUGUCAUUAGUGACCGUAAAGCUCUUGCGUUGGCUAAAGAAGGAGAAUACUUUGCUUUGGAAAUGGCACUCUUCAAUAUAGUUCCAAAGGAAGUCUUCGACCAGAUUUGGAAGGAUGAAAACGAGCGUCCACAGAUCAGCUUGAAGAUGGGCCCUAGUAAGUGGACUCGUUCUAUCGAUCCCACCAUUCGUCACGCAGCCAAGCUAGAUGCCAGCGCCAAUGAGUUGAUUAAUGUUGUAAGUGAUGUUGAGAAGUUGUUGGUUACCAUUUGGGCUGCGGUCGAGUCGAUUGUUAUUGUAUUGUAUUCUGAUUUGAGUUAUGAUUUCACCCAACAUGAUCUUGAUGAAUACUUUCGUCGCUACCAAGUUGAGAUCUUUGUCACAUUCAAGAGUCUCCACGCUCACCUGCUCACCUUGGCUGAUUGGAAGGAUCGUUAUUUCGCUUCAAGCAACAUCAGGAAGCGAGCCCAGCGUCACAAUUCAAACCCAUACGCUCGUCUUUUCAAGGCCAAGAACUCAGCCGGCAUCCUCUUUUACGGAACUGGUAAAUACCUCACUGCGAUGAAAGCCGCAAUUGCGGAUGCUCUGGAGGCCAAUGAAUGUGUGUGUAUGACAGGCCCGAAAUGGAAGAAUUUGGUCAAUAUUAAUAGACGUGCUUUGGGCGAGGAAUUUAGUGGUUGUCUAGAUGGAUUGAGGAAGUUUGAUAAGGUGGUUAGGAAGAGAGAUUGGAAUGUUAGAGAAGCUCUAAAGGCUGAGGUAUCUUCUCCUAUGAUCAAUUUGGAGCUGCCUUCCGAAAGUGCAUCCGAAAAAGCUUCGUCCGAGGAGAGAGAAGUUGCUGUUGAAGAGAAUGCCGAAGAGAAGUCCGGAGAUUUGAGCGACGGUGAUCCACCAUCAUACUACGGGGAUAACGAUGACGAGGAUGACGAGGACUACGUUGAGGGUCGCCUCCAAAUCUUUCUUCAACCACCCACCCGUGAAAGGCGUUGCUCCGGUUCAGUUACUCGUGCAACCUCUCGCCGCAUUUCAUCCAACGAUGAGACGAAAUCCAACAACGGAGAUGGAGGUUCAUCCUUGAGUAAUGAAAAGGAUUUUGAUGAUGGGCUGCCAGGCAGAGGUCGUCAUCGUCAACGAGCUGGUUCAUUCCAUACUUCAGGUGCGAUUAAGAGUGUUCGAAAGGGUAAUAAGCGAUUGAUGGUUGAGGUCGGUGAGAGUUCAAGCCCAAAGGCUGUCGAGCAGUAUUUCGAGACACCUUGA